AUGAUUGACAACGUUAAAGAUAAAAAGGAAAUUGUUAGAAGUUCGAUUAAUCUUAUUUGGGAAGCUACUGAUGGAGAAAUUAAAAAAAUUGUUUUUAAUAACCAAUCAUGUUCAGCAGCAAUUUUCUUAAGUGAUGAUACUAAGGAUACUGAAAACUUGAACACACCUGGAGUAGUUCUAAUUGCUAAAGAAACUUAUCGAAAAAUUAUCAAUGAUCUAGCUGACAUGAAGGGGAAAGAUUCUGUUGCUACUGAAGAUGAUCUAGAUAGUGACAAUUUAUUACAAGUUGAUGAGCUAAUGUUUGAUGCCCAAGCAAGUGAAAAUGAUACAUUAAAUUUGGAAGAAGGUCAACAUACUGAAGAUAAUAAUGUCAAUAAUGACUUUGAAGAAACCAACAAAUUAUUACCUGAUUCUUAUUCGUCAAUUAAUAUUACUAUUGUCAAUAAUGAAUUUGAAAGUAACGAAGAAAUCGAUGCCUUAUUACCUGAUUCUUAUUCAUCAAUCAAUGUUACUGCCAAUACUUCGCAAGCAGUUAGCACCGAUAAUCAAAUUUCAAUUGAUAACGAAUACAUUACUGAUAAUCAACAAGCUAAAAAUGGAGAAUUGGUUGAAUCUUUAUUCAAUAAUAAGGAAGUUGAUGAAUUAUUACCUGAUUCUCAUUCGCCAAUCAAUGUUACUAUCAAUACUUCGCAAGCAGUUAGCAUUGAUAACCAAAUUUCACCUGAUAACGAAUGUGUUACUGAUAAUCAGAAAGUUGACUUUGAACUAUCACAAGCUGAAGUUUCAAUUGAAUUUGAAAGUAAAGGCUAUGAUUUACCAUCUUUAGAUAAUUUGCUAAAGUAUUGUGAAAAACUUGAAGAAUUUAUUGAUAAACUUUAUUACAAUGGGGACAUAGAAGCUGGUAAACAUUAUAUUCAAGAGAAUGACAAAAAGUUCACAUUUAGUAAAAAUGUAGAUG